CUGGCGUUGUUUUUUCGCGGGAAAUUUUGAAGAAAGCAAAGCUAGCCAAUGCUUUCGUUAACGGUAAUUUUACCGCAAGUUACACUCUUUCAACAACCUUCCUUUUCAACCAUUCAAAAGCCAUCAUUUCGUUGUUCCAAUUCCAAAACCAAGUCCAAAAAAAGAAACACCAAACACCCACCCCAGUUUUCUUGCUUUUCUUCUACGGAUUCAUGUUUUUUACCCGAAUUCGAUCAUUCGACCUCUAUUUCAACUUCCCAGGAAGACCAAGAUGCCGGUUUUAUGGAUAUAACCCCACCGUCGGUUAGUCGAAGCGUCGACUCUGACGACCUGGCAGCUUUGCUUCAAUCUUGUUAUAAUGUAAGGCAAGCCAGGAGAGUCCACGCAGUUGUGUUAAAGCUUUUAAAGAACCCGGGGACCUAUGUUGAGAAUAAUUUGAUUAGUGUAUAUUCAAGAUUUGGGAAGUUAAUGGAAGCUCGAAAGGUGUUUGAUAAAAUGGCUGGUAGAAAUGUUGUUAGUUGGACGGCGAUGAUUAAUGGCUAUUCGAAGUUGGGUUUUGAUGAUGAAGCUUUGAGGUUGUUUGGGGAAUCAAUCUCGAGUGGCGUACGAGGGAAUGGGAAGAUGUUUGUUUGUUUGAUGAAUUUGUGUAGUAGGAGGAUGGAUUUUGAGUUAGGGAGACAAAUCCAUGGGUGUAUUCUGAAAGGGGAUUGGAGGAAUUUGAUUGUGGAUAGUGCUGUUGUUAAUUUUUAUGCGCAAUGUGGGGAGUUGUCAAAGGCUUUUCGUGUGUUUUGUUGGAUGGGAAAGAAGGAUGUGGUUUGUUGGACAACUAUGAUAACGGCUUGCGCUCAACAAGGCAAUGGAAAGGAGGCUUUUUCCAUGUUUUUGAGAAUGCUAAGUGAUGGUUUUUGGCCUAAUGAGUUCACGGUCUGCAGUGUUUUGAAGGCUUGUGGAGAGGAAAAGGCAUUGAAAUCUGGGAGACAAUUACAUGCUGCCAUAAUCAAAAAGAUGUUCAAGAAUGAUGUUUUUGUAGGGACUUCUCUUGUGGAUAUGUAUGCAAAAUGUGGGGAGAUUUCAGAUGCUAGGAUUGUGUUUAAUGGAAUGAGGAGUAGAAAUACGGUUACAUGGACUUCCAUUAUAGCAGGGUAUGCAAGGAAGGGGCUCGGUGAGGAUGCCAUUAGUCUUUUUCGAGUAAUGAAGAGACGAAAUAUAAUUGCUAAUAACUUUACCAUAGUAAGCAUGCUCAGGGCUUGUGGUUCAGUUGGGGAUUUACUUAUGGGCAGGGAAGUCCAUGCACAAAUAGUAAAACAAUCUAUCCAAACGAAUAUAUACAUAGGAAGCACUCUAGUAUGGUUCUACUGUAAAUGUGGGGAGUACAAUAUUGCCUCCAAAGUCCUCCAACAGAUGCCACUUAGGGAUGUUGUCUCAUGGACUGCCAUGAUUUCUGGCUGUGCAAGCCUAGGGCAUGAGGCUGAGGCUCUUGAUUUUUUGAAGGAAAUGAUGGAAGAAGGUGUAGAACCCAACUCUUAUACCUAUUCGUCAGCUUUGAAAGCUUGUGCUAAGCUUGAAGCUGUUUCGCAAGGGAAGUUAAUUCAUUCCUUUGCAAAUAAAACUCCUGCCUUAUCUAAUGUGUUUGUGGGUAGUGCUUUAAUCCAUAUGUAUGCCAAAUGCGGUUUUGUAUCAGAGGCUUUUCAAGUGUUUGACAGCCUGCCAGAACGAAAUUUGGUUUCUUGGAAGGCUAUGAUCAUUGGUUAUGCAAGGAAUGGACUAUGUCGAGAAGCUUUGCAGCUUAUGUAUCGGAUGGAAGCAGAAGGUUUUGAGGUGGAUGACUACAUCCUGACAACAGUACUCAGUGCAUGUGGAGAUAUUGAGUGGGAUGAAGAGCCUUCCGCAGAAUUAUUACUGGCGACCUAAUUGGCCUAGUGAGCAGUUUAGGUGAAAACUUGUUUAUGAAGUCAUGCAGUUGCAUUGCACUUGUCAAAAUUAUAACCAGUAAUGCAUGGUAUAUAUGGGAUGGACAAGGAAAAAACAAACCAUUCAAAAGAAUGUUAUCGGGUUAAGCCAUGGCCUGUCCCUCUUGUAUGAAGAAAGUUAUUCCGGAAGAAUUGCAGAAGAAAAUGAAAUUAUUGGCACCAGUGCUGUUUCUUGAUCAUGCUGAUUGCUGAACAUGGAAUAUCACUCCAGGAACUAGAACAUAUAUGUAGGCAUGCAUGUAGUCCUUUGUAAACACUAUGUAAAUCGACAUUCAUAC